AUGGCUCCCCUAGUUAUCUCCCAAUGCAGCGUCGCCGAUGGCACCGCCCUAGCUACCAACAGCAUUCCCGCCUUCUGGACUGACCCGCACUGGGUCCUGGCCUGGCGCCAUCGGACCCUCGAGUACCACCAUUCACAGAUAGCCCUGCGCUUCCCGCGCAACCUCUUGAACAAAAGGGAGGCCUUACGACAUCAGAAAGCAGUGGAUUCAGAGACGGGCCGCAUACUCGGCUACGCUCGAUGGCGCCUUCCAUCGUCUUAUGAGAUCAACCCAGAUGAUGGCACGCCGACAUGGCCCGAGGCCCAGGUCCCCGCGGUCGAGCCCGAGAAGGAGGCCGAGAUUCGACGGAUUGCCGAGACCGUUGUCUGGGAUCACAAUGGCGAUGGUGAUGAGCUGUUGGAUCGUGUGAACGCGCUCGAGACGGAAGUGAUGCCAAAGACACCGUAUAUCAGUAAGUUGUGCAAUGACAUGCGACUAGCGGAAUAUUUCCUGGUCUGA